AUGCCCGGCGAAGUUAUUGACAAAGCCAAUCCAAAGUCAUUACCAUCUCACUUGCCUCCACUGAUAGAUCAAUUGACCGUCCAGCUGUCCAGGACUUCACUGGAUGAUAAUGUCUUCAGAUCACUACAAAAGUUCCAGCGCGCGGCAAACUAUAUUGCUGCUGCUAUGAUUUUCCUCCAAGACAAUGCGUAUCUGAAGCGUGAGCUGAAAUUUGAUGAUAUCAAGCCAAGGUUAUUAGGUCACUGGGGAACCUGCCCAGGAUUGACAUUUGUCUAUUCUCAUUUGAACUACCUGAUAUCCCAACAUGACCUUGACAUGAUAUACGUCGUGGGACCAGGUCAUGGGGCACCGGGGAUCCUAGCUGCGCUUUGGCUGGAAGGUUCUCUAGAGAGAUUUUAUCCAGAUUAUGCUCGAAACGCAAAGGGCCUUACGAAGCUGGUCACUUCGUUCAGUACCACGGGCGGAUUUCCAAGUCACAUCAACGCCGAAACUCCGGGAGCGAUACACGAAGGUGGUGAAUUGGGAUAUGCAUUAUCAGUUGCAUUUGGUGCUGUCAUGGACAAGCCGGAUUUGAUUGCCACAUGCAUCAUUGGUGACGGCGAAGCGGAGACUGGGCCAACAGCUGCAUCCUGGCACGGAUUCAAGUUUCUUGACCCUGCUGAAUCAGGGGCUGUACUACCUAUCCUCCACCUCAAUGGGUUCAAGAUCAGCGAACGAACUAUAUUCGGAUGCAUGGAUGACCGCGAGCUUGUUGCCUUAUUCGCCGGAUAUGGAUAUCAUCCACAGAUUAUCGACGAUUUGGAACAUAUUGACGCUGAUUUUAAUACAGCUCUAGAAUGGGCCCUUGGUGACAUCCGCAAGAUACAGAAAGCUGCUCGAUCGGGGAAUCCGGUCACGAAACCUCGUUGGCCCAUACUGAUUCUACGCACUCCCAAGGGAUGGACCAGCCCAAAACAAAUCCACGGCCAGAUUGUUGAAGGGUCAUUUAAGUCCCACCAAGUACCUUUGCCUGCUGCUAAAACAGACGAAGAGGAAUUAAAGGCGUUGAACGCAUGGCUCUUUUCGUAUAAAUCGGCGGAAUUGUUUACCGAAGACGGUGGUGUGAGUGACGACAUUAAUAGCAUCAUUCCUCGUAAUGAUAAGAAGAAACUUGGCCAGCGAGAUGAGGUGUAUGAAUCGUAUAAGCCGCCCAAGCUAGCCAACUGGAGGAAAUUUGGAGUCGAAAAGGGAACGCAGGAAAGCUCUAUGAAGGCUAUUGCUGAAUUGAUUGACCAAGUUUUCGUCGACAAUCCUCACUCAGUACGGCUGUUUUCUCCUGAUGAGUUGGAGAGCAACAAGCUUGGUGGAGUAUUAGCGCACACAGGAAGAAAUUUCCAAUGGGACCAAUUCUCGAAUGCAAAGGGUGGUCGCGUUAUUGAAGUAUUAAGCGAGCACCUGUGUCAGGGGUUUUUGCAAGGUUACACGUUGACAGGUCGAGUGGGAAUAUUCCCCUCCUAUGAAAGUUUUCUUGGUAUUAUCCACACAAUGAUGGGCAGAGAGACUUCGUGGCGGCGUGAUAUUGCAAGUAUCAACUACAUCGAAACCAGCACCUGGACCCGACAAGAGCAUAAUGGAUUCUCGCAUCAGAAUCCGUCAUUCAUCUCAGCGGUGUUUAAUUUAAAACCGAAUGCAGCCCGUGUCUACCUGCCACCAGACGCAAACACGUUUCUUUGCACAUUGUGUCAUUGUCUGAAAUCCAAGAAUUAUAUCAACCUCAUGGCUGGAUCCAAGCAGCCCACACCGGUGAUCUUAAGCCCGGAGGAAGCAGAAAGCCACUGUCGGGCGGGCGGUUCGGUAUGGAAAUUUGCCUCCAUAGAUGAAGGGCGGGACCCAGACGUCGUCCCGGCGGGGAUCGGCACAGAACUGACGUUCGAGGUCAUUCAGGCCGCUGCACUACUCAGGAAACGUGUUCCGGAGCUCCGUGUGCGCGUUGUAAAUGUAACAGACUUGAUGAUUCUGGGCGCAGAGACUGGCCAUCCUCAUGCACUGUCAGAAGAAGCAUUUAAUGUCCUUUUUACAGUUGACCGCCCAAUCCAUUUCAAUUACCAUGGAUACGAGACGGAAAUGAAGGGGCUCCUCUUCGGAAGACAGCAGAUCGAACGAGUUACGAUUGCGUCAUAUAUGGAAGAAGGGACCCAGGCUGCAGUUCGAGGCGGUGCUGUUAGAAACGAGGGUGUAACGAUAAGGAGACAGGGGCUGCUUUCGGAAUUUGACUUUGAUAUGAAUGAGACGUUGAGGUACAUCUCUGAGCAUCACAAAGCUCCUGAUGGCAUGUAUGACAUGCCAAAGUUUUCUGAUUAG